AUGGCCAAAACAGUCAUUCCACUGUCCCAGUUGAUCAGGUGGAAUCUACUCUGGAACUUUCCUGUCUUCUUCUUCAAUUAUUUUUGCAUCACCAUUUUUCCCAAUCCGCCCCUCCAUUGGCGCCCGGAGUCAAUUAGCUGGGGUUUGCUUAAGGCUUCUGUUUCAUCAGGUGAGAGCAAGCAGAAGGAAGGAAUCACUUCAAUGGAUGCUUCAAUGGAUGAGGAUAAAGAUGAGGGUUCGUUGUUGCUCUAUCCUGAUGAUUUCUAUGGGUCUUCUCGUGCGAUCAAAGCUACUGAUUCUCAUAACCAAGGGAAGUCCUGGUUAUCUAGCAGAUCAACGAGUAAGAGGCAGGCAAAAGUUGACGUAGUAUCUGGACUGAUUCUUAAUCGAAGCGGUCUAAAUCUAACGCCACCAAAUGAUGAGGAGUGGGAGAGAGCUACAGAGAUUUACUUGUUGGAUAGUGAGUUGUCAGCAUUAACUGAGAACCCAAGAUGCCCGCGGCUUUCAAAAUUGUUCCUAGAAGGGAACCACAAGUUGAGAACCAUUCCUUCUGCAUUUUUUGAACACAUGCCUGCCCUCCAAGUUCUCAACUUGUCCAAGACUGGUAUUAAAUCAUUGCCGCUGUCACUGUUUGGGUUAGUCAGCCUCAAAAAUCUCUAUUUGAAUGACUGUGAAUUUUUCAUGGUGCUGUCGCCAAAAAUUGGACAACUUAGUCAUCUUGAGGUACUUGAUCUUGAAGGGACAGAAAUUAUUUAUCUACCUGAGGAAAUUGGAAAUUUGACAGAACUGAGAUGCUUGAAAGUCUCUUUCUACGGAUAUAAGAGCUGUGGCAGGAAAACUGAGCAGUCAAGCACAAUGAUUCCUCAUCGGGUAAUAUCAUCUCUCUAUAAAUUAGAACUCUUGUGUAUAGAUGUGAAUCCAGAUGAUGAGCGGUGGCAUGUAAUUCUGGAAGAUGUAGUGAAGGAAGUUUGCCGCUUGCACAGAUUAAGAUCCCUCAAACUCUACUUUCCAAAGGUGGAAUUUUUGGGGCUAUUGUUGAAUGUUACAUCAAACAUAGUAGCAUUUGCUCUGUUCAAUAUUCAAUUUAGAGUUAUCGCUGGUCGUCAUGUCAAACGGAUCAUAUCUCGAAUCCAGCAUGAUGUUGAGUUUGAGCUAAAACGAUGGCGGAGAUGCUUAACCUAUGUGUAUGGUGAGGGAAUCCCUGGAGAAGAAAUUAGGCAGGUACUUGGACGAGCAACAGCAUUUCACCUAGACCGCCAUGUAACUGCGAAGAAGUUAUCUGAAUUUGGGAUUGAGAAUAUGAAGCGUCUGAAAUGUUGUAUACUAGGGGAAUGUAAUGAGGUUCAAGUGAUCAUAGAUGGAAAAGAUAUCCCUAAAAUAGCUGCAUAUGAUCAUAAAAGAAUUGGGCUUGAAGCACUGGAAUACUUAAAUAUUUAUUACAUGAAAAAUUUAAGGACCAUAUGGGCGGGGCCAGUGCAGACUAGGUGUUUUUCCCAUUUGAAGUUCUUAAACUUACGUACGUGUCCACGGUUGGAUACCAUUUUCACAUGGAGGUUGCUUCUUGUUUUCAUCAACUUACUAGAACUCAAGGUUGAAGAUUGCCCGGCGAUGAAAAGCUUAGUAAGCUGGGAACAUCCUGCGGAGCAGCAAUCCUCAUGCACCAGAUCAGAUUAUUUACUUCCGAAGCUGCAGAAGAUAUCACUUCAUUUCACACCUGAAUUGACUAAUCUAUCUGGCGGCCUACACAUUGCACCAGAGUUAAAAUGGAUGAGCGUUUAUGACUGCCCAAAGCUCAAGAGUUUCUCACAUGGAGAAUUGUCCACUGAAAAUUUGAGGACAAUCAAGGGUGAGAGACGCUGGUGGGAAGCACUGGAGUGGGAAAGUGGCCUGCCAGAACAUUUGAAUGCUAUAUUUAUCCCAAUCGAGUCACCCCUUGACAUUGGUGACUCCUAAAAAGUAAUUUGUAAUUUUAUUAAUGAAAAUUAAAAAAUGGAAGUGCUUGGAAA